UCGAAGUGUUAAUAUUAAAUUUUUUUGGUUUUAAUGGUGGAAAAGAAACAUAUAAACGCAAAGUAAAGUAAAAGUGGAAUCACAGGAUCAGUAAAUUUUAAACGGGAUAGUGAUAAAAUAUAUGCGUGUACAUACAUAUAUGAAAUAAUUUAGAAGAAAACGGUAACAAUUGUGAAUUUGAUUGCUGAUUACAAUAAAAGCAACUGCAAGGACUGACUGUGCCAAGUGUGUUGGAUAGUGUGAAUAAAUAAACGAAAAUAUUUUUUUGACAUAAGCAACUUGUUGGCGAAUCUCAUAAUAAUUGACCCAUCAAGAUGACGACCAAAAUGGCGAUUAAUGCAAAGGAUAUAUUCCGCAACCAGCAUAGGCUAAUACGUUUCAUUGAGCAGUCAAUUCGCUUGUGCAGCAAUCAGUCAUUGAAGACCGCACAAAAACACGCCAAACAACAGGCAGAGCCAGACUUCCAGAUCACCACAUCGAUCUCCAGCGCAUACACAGCUGCGCCGGAACCCAUUAAACACGAUGCGGAUAUUGGCCAACAGUUCGCUGCCGUACAAUUGGCCGUACGCCUGGCCUCGCCACAACAAUUGCAACCCAAACCCGAUAAUGAUGAGGCUUUAAGUUUUGGCAAAGUAUUCACCGAUCACAUGUUGAAAAUUUACUACCACCGGAGUUUGGGCGGCUGGCAGCGACCGGAGAUUACGCCACUCGAAAAUCUCGUGAUGCAUCCCGCGGCCAAAGUGUUGCACUACGCGGUAGAGCUUUUUGAGGGUAUGAAAGCUUAUCGCGGUGUCGAUGGCAAAAUUCGCAUUUUCCGCCCCAACAUGAAUAUGAAUCGUAUGAAUCUCUCAGCCAGACGUUCCGGCCUACCCACAUUCGAAGGUGAAGAAUACAUCAAAUGCCUGUCCCGCCUCAUAUCCAUCGACUCCGAAUGGGUGCCACACAGUGAAGCUGCCAGUUUAUAUAUCCGCCCCACAUUGAUCGGUAUCGACCCGACGCUCGGUGUUGCCUCCUCCGACUCUGCCCUGCUCUACACAAUACUCAGCCCCGUGGGUUGCUACUUUAAGUCUGACAGUGAUGGCGCCGUCUCGCUGCUCGCAGAUCCGCGCUACACAAGAGCGUGGCCCGGCGGUGUUGGCAAUCGCAAAAUGGGCUCCAACUACGCACCCACCAUCAACGUACAAAAAGAGGCUGCCCAAAAAGGGCUGCAACAAGUAUUGUGGUUGUACGGCGAGGAUCAUCAACUCACCGAAGUCGGCACAAUGAACAUUUUCAUGUUCUACGUCAACGAAAAUGGAGCGAAAGUACUCGUCACACCACCACUCAGCGGUCUCAUUCUGCCCGGCAUUACCAGAGACUCGAUACUCACGUUAGCCAGACAAUUGGGUAAAUUUGAGGUGCGCGAAGAAGUGAUCACCAUGGCACAAGUCUGCGAGCUGCUCAAUCAAGGAAGACUGCUCGAACUGUUUGGCACUGGUACAGCGUGUGUGGUCAGCCCCAUUAAUCGCAUCAAUUAUUUGGGCACCGAUCUCUACAUACCCACCAUGGAGCAGGAGAAGCCCAUACACGAAUGGAUACGUGAAACACUAACAGCAAUUCAAUAUGGGAAAAUAGAUCACCCCUGGGCGGUGGUCAUUGAUUAAUAGUACACACUCAGGUGCUACGUCUUCGAAAUCCUGCAACUACUGUUGUUGGAUUCUUAGCAAAAGAAAGUGUAUUAAUAGUUUUAAGUUUUCUUCUUUUGAGAGAAAUAGCUUUACUAUCACUAUUUACCUAUAAUUUAAUUAUUCGCUUAGCUGGUAUGGUCAAAAGCAGCGCUAACGCGUAUUUUAUCCACUAUUACCUUUAUGUUUUUACGGGAAAUGGCAAAGCUCCACUUUUUUUUAAGUUUUCUAGCCAAACAUUGCAUUUAUGUUUUGGUCGUACGGUGCGCCAAAGUCAGUGAUGUAUUUCAUCCGACUUUGACGCACUAUACACACACACACAUGCAUAUAUCUAUGCAGUCGUACUAAUAGUUUAAGUGUGUAGAAGGUAGAAAUCUAUACUGGAGAAGCUCGCUGAGCUUGUCCUUUCAUAAUUUAAAGACUCCAUAUCCAUAUUUACGUAUUAAUUUCUUAAGUUUCUAAUAUUAUUUAUUUUACAUGUUUAGGGUAAGGUAAUUUAGUUUAAUUUAGGAAAUGUUAUAGGCAUUAUUUUUUCGUACAUUUUCCGCAGAAAAACCUAUAAAAUAUUAUAUAUAAAUGAUGUGCAUCCCUAAUGCAUGCUGAGAAAUUAAGUUUUAGUUUACUGUGCCAAUUUGUGGCUACAGCAAGUCACUGAAGGAGAUUUUUCUCUAUUGUGCAUAUUUGCCUUGAAAUUUUUGGGCAGCUAUUGAACCAGCAACUUCUCAGGUAUAUGUAGUAAAGACAUUUGUACGUAUGUAUACGCGUCUGUUGCAACUGGCAAAAGCAUUCAUUUAUAGUUAAUAUUCGUUUAAGUUAUUGAUUUAAAACAA